AUGAACCUGGCAAAUGUGCUUUCUCUUCUAGCCGCUUGUCUUUUAUCACCUGUUGCUGGCCAAGAAUACAAAGAAGCUGUGGAGCUGUCCUCGGCUAAUCAUGAUCAUGUUUUGGGUAGUGCUACGGUAGUCUUCGUUGCCUUCUGUGCUGAUUGGUGUCCAUUUUCUCGCCGACUGAAGCCAAUUUUCGAGGAAUCAGCCAAAGUAUUCCAUCAGGAGAAUCCACAAGCGUCUGCUAUCUGGGCAAUCGUUGACAGUCAGCGACAGGCCGACAUCGGAGACAAAUACUUUGUUAACAAGUAUCCAACAAUGAAAGUUUUCGUUAAUGGAGAACUGAUUUCCAAAGAAUACAGAUCUACUCGUUCUGUGGAAGCAUUGACAAACUUUGUGAAGUAUCAACUAUCCACGGCAAUCAAUGAGUUCUCAUCUCAAGAUCAAUUGAGCCAAGAAAUGGAUAAAUCGAAGAGAAAUGUGGUUGCCUGGUUGAAGAAAGAUGGUCCAGAGUUCGCUAAUCUUAAAAAAGUCGCCUCGAUCCUCCGCGAGGACUGUUCCUUCUGGGUGCCAACCGAUCACUUCGGAACUCAAACUACUGAAAAUAAGCUCUCAUUCUUCGAUCCAGACACCAACGAGGAGGCUAAAUUCACUGGAAACUUUAAUGAUUACGAUUUCGUGAAGCAAUGGGUUACUGAUAAGUGUAUUCCAUUGGUUCGUGAAGUGACAUUCGAGAAUGUAGAAGAGCUGACGGAAGAAGGAAUGCCAUUUCUUAUCUAUUUCCGUGAUCCAGAUAACAAAUCAACAGAUAAAGUGUUUGGAGAGGCUGUUGCUAGAGAACUCUACGAUCAGAGAGCCGCUAUUAACCCACUGUUGGCUGACGGACACAAAUUUGCUCACCCAUUAAAACAUUUGGGAAAAACGAAGGAAGAUUUGCCAGUUCUUGCCAUUGACUCAUUCCAACAUAUGUAUUUGUUCCCAGAUAUGACACAAAUGAAUGUGCCAGGAAAGCUCAGAGAGUUUGUCAUGGACCUUCACUCUGGCAAAUUGCACAAAGAAUUCCACGAGAAUCUCGACCAACGAAUGAUCGAACUCGCCAAGGCAAAGGCUGCUCGAGGAAUCACCGAUGAUCACGACACACAAGCUCCAUCGGCUCGUCCAAUCGAUACAACACCUCCACCGUCCGUUUUCAAAGAGCUCAAACCUUCCGAUAAACGGUACUCGAUCCUUCAGAAAUCUGAAUUGUAG